AUGGAUCGCGUACAUCCUAAAUCGUGUUCUUGUACAAAGUCAGAACUCGAACUAUUUGACAUUCCGGAUACACAGACAACCAUUCUCGAUGGUAGAUGGGUAGAGCAUCACCCUAUCUCAACGCUUACCGAGAUGUCCCCGAUAGAAUUCGACAUUCCUGGAGCCGGAGAAGAGUACACGGACCUGAGUCAAACUCAGCUGUACGUGGGAGCCAAGAUUGUCUGCGCUAAUGGAGACGACCUGCCCGAUGGAGAAAGAGUAGGACCGACCAACCUAUGGCUCCACUCGCUGUUUCAGCAAAUUGACGUCUCCCUGGGAAAUAAGAUCGUAACGGACUCCACAAAUACCUAUCCCUAUCGAGCCUACUUCGAAAACCUGUUGAACUACGGAGAAGACGCAAAACAGACACAGCUGACCUCUGCCCUCUUCUACCAAGACACCCCUGGGCGCCUUCACAUGGUAGACCCUUUCCCAACCGACCAAAACGCUGUGGUGAACACCGGGCUGGUAAAGCGAGCCACCAUGACCCGGGGGAGCCGAGAGGUAGAUCUCAUCGGUCCUUUACACGUGGAUUUGUUUUUUCAAGACCGUUACCUCCUCAACAAGGUAGAUAUGAAAAUCAAGCUGCAUCGAUCCAAACAUCAGUUCAACCUGAUGUCGCCAGAGCAGAACAAACAGUACAAAGUCGUCAUCACCGGAGCCGCCCUGUUCCUCCGAAAGGUCAACUUGCUAUCAACCUAUCAGCUGUCCAUCGAAAACCGACUGAACAAAGAAAGUGCUAAGUACCCUCUGAAGAGAAUCCAAGUAAAACCAUUCACCAUCCCUCAGGGAAACCACACUGUGUCCAACGACAACCUUUUCCUGGGUCAGAUCCCCAAACGACUGGCCAUCGCCCUGGUGAGCAACGUCGACUUCCAAGGGUCCUACGGGACAAAUCCGUUCAAUUUUCAACACUUCGACCUUAAUUACAUUAGUCUGUGUAUCGAUGGACGCCAGGUACCCCACAAAGCGCUGACGCCAAACUUUGAAGACGGUCAUUUCAUCAGGUCCUACUUCAACCUCUUCGGGCCUAUCGGAAAGUUGGGGCAGGAUUCCGGCAACCAGAUCGCCAGAGACGCGUUUGAUAAAGGGUACACCAUCUACUGCUACGAUCUCAGUCCAGACUUGUGCGGACUGGGAGGAGAUCACUUCAACGUAAUCAAGCAGGGGAACCUCCGACUAGAGCUUCACUUUGCCAAGGCUCUGGAACAGACGGUAGUUGCUCUGGUCUUUGCAGAGUUUGAUAAUCUCCUGGAAAUCAACAGGCAGAGGAUCGUCACCUUCGACUACAACAACUAAACAUGGACACAAAACAGAUCUACAGCGUGCUUGAAAGCGACGAGAACACGGCCCCCAUCGCUCGCGGAGUCUUUGCAGCAGACCAACUACCUACAAAUGUACCAGAGUACCCGAGCGCGUUCGUGGUAAACACAGACUGCAGUGGAAAGCCAGGACAGCACUGGCUGGCUCUUUACUUCGACGAGUCCAUGCGGGGCGAAUUCUUUGAUUCCUAUGGGCGCGCACCAAAAGAUUACCCCCGCUCCAUAGAGUUGUUUUUGCGUAGAAACUCUAGACUUCCGUGGAUUCGUAACGAGCGUCAGAUUCAAUCAAGAUGGUCGACUACCUGUGGACAGCACUGUCUGUUCUACCUCUUACAUAGAUGUAGACGUAUUCCCUUAAUGAGUAUAGUCGAUAUGUUUAGCCGGAAUCUAGAAUUAAACGAUGUAUCCGUAGCUCAGUUUAUAGAAGAACAUUUUGAUAUCGGUGUUCCUGUCGUUGACCUGAGUCAUAUCAUGAGCCAAGUCGCUCGCACCUUAGAAGACGUUUGUCGCACACUACGGUAGACAAGUUUGUCAUUAGUUGUAUACGUGCAGUUGAAUACGUGAAGUUAACUAUACUUAUCAUUGUAGUAGACGUAGAAGGUUGUAACGAAUAAAUGUUAUGAAAACGUA